AUGGCUACAACUUCCAAGAAGACCAAGGUCAGGGCUCCUUCGCCAGCCCCGAGCACUUCCUCCGACUCGUCCUCCGCAUCCCAGUCCUCCGUUGACUCGAACGAUAUCGAUGUCGCUCCCGUCGCCCCAGUCACGAAGAAGCAACGCAAGUCCAAGCCGGGAGAGAGGCUCUACUACGAGCCACCCCCCGGAAUGGAGCAGGUGCGCAUCAACGUCAACUACAAUAGCAUUUUUGAGUGGGACAAUCUGAACUCGAAGGAAGGACUGGAGGUGUGGGCGAUCCGUUUGCCUGUCGACCUGAAGCCCUCGCAUCUUUCGGGGCUGUCAACGAACGUGAAACGCGACAGGGUUUCGGGAAGUCUGACGCACAAGUCUGCGACUUAUGAGCUCACCGAGUCGGAAGACAUCUCGGACCUCAACAGCUUGAAUCUGCUGGUUCCGAAGAAGACGAGUGGGCAUUUGUUCCGCGCCCCGUUGCCGAUCAAGCGCCACCUCAUCAUCCAGCCCCCGAAAGAGGACAAUCUCGUGUCCAGUUCGAAGAAGAAGCUGGAGAGUGAGAACAGGAGUACGGGUCCCAUCCCCAACAAGACGCGUCAGAUGCCCUCGAACAUGAAGUUCAGGAAUCCGGUGAACGGGUUCGACACGCCUGGACCAGCAGCGCGCCCGCAGAUUGCCGAUGAGGUGAAGGAGACCGUCACGAGCAAGGAGGACAAGGCGGCAAAGAAGGAGGAGAAGGAGGAGAAGAAGAAGAAGAGGAAGUCUGAGGCAGGAGAAUCACCGGUGAAGAAGAAGAAAAAGUAG